CUUCCAAAACUAUCCUACUGAGUGGACACACAGCAAGCUUGCUCAUUGCCUUUGACUCUUUGAGCCUUCCGGAGAACGCUGGGCAGAGGUUCCAAGAAAAGCAACGUUCCCCCUUGUUGCAUUCCAGGAGCUGUCAGACUCAGGAAACUCUCCCGGGCAUGUCCGAAAUCCAAGUGCUCUGGGAGCUUGCAGAAACUCUAGGUCUCCACUUCAUUGUUUGCCUUGCUUCGGAACCACCAGGUUGUGGUGAGCUAUGUCGGUACUAGGCUAAAGCUCAGCUACAAGCACAGGCAAUUCAUCCUCCUCCCAGAACAAGCAGACAGGGCACAUUCUGGCUCUGCUGCGGGACUUCAGCUUGCCUGGUUGGCGGUUUGCACCUGCUCUCCUGCCUCCUUUGACUGUGCGUUAAGGGUGGAGCCCGCGCCGCACUGUGAGGCUGUCUUCCGCGCCAAGGGGAAGAGGGCUGGGCGCGGGGGCAGCUAGCGCGCUGCCCACCACGUUGCUGGGAGAGAAGCUUGUCAGAGCCCCAGCGUCACGGUCACUGCUGUGCAGUCCAAUAGGCGGAGGCGCCCGUUGGCAGCCUGGUGGCUGCAGCCUGGAGAGACAGAAAAGUGCCGAAACCGCCCCACGCUCCAGCUGGGGCUGCUACGCGCAGUGCCGGGCUUCCUGGCCACCAGAGACAGCCCCACGCGCUCUGCCCUGCGCAGACGCCCCGGGACGCCGGCAGCAGGCAACACCGCCACUCACUGGAGGGCCAGCAGAGGAGCCUGCAGGAUGCUCCCGUACUUCUUGCUGCUUUUCCUCCUCCCUUCUGUGUGCGCCACCGAUCCCCCUGCGGGCCGGCCAGAGGAACAGAGCCUGGAGGCGGCCCUGGCCGUGGCCAACACCUCACAUUUCUUUUGGAACAACUAUUCGUUUUCCGACUGGCAGAACUUUGUGGGCCGGAGGCGCUAUGGAGCAGAGUCCCAGAACCCCACCGUGAAAGCCCUGCUCAUCGUGGCUUACUCCUUCAUCAUCGUUUUCUCGCUCUUUGGCAACGUGCUGGUGUGCCAUGUCAUCUUCAAGAACCAGCGGAUGCACUCGGCCACCAGCCUCUUCAUCGUCAACCUGGCCGUCGCUGACAUCCUCAUCACACUGCUGAACACCCCCUUCACUCUGGUCCGCUUUGUGAACAGCUCGUGGGUAUUCGGAAAGGGCAUGUGCCACGUCAGCCGCUUCGCCCAGUACUGCUCCCUGCACGUCUCCGCUCUAACACUCACGGCCAUCGCCGUGGACCGCCACCAGGUUAUUAUGCAUCCAUUAAAACCCCGGAUCUCAAUCACAAAGGGUGUCAUCUACAUCGCUGUCAUCUGGACCAUGGCGACAUUCUUUUCACUCCCACACGCUAUCUGCCAGAAAUUAUUUACCUUCAAAUACAGCGAGGAUGUUGUGCGUUCCCUGUGCCUGCCAGACUUCCCUGAGCCAGCUGACCUCUUCUGGAAGUACCUGGACCUGGCCACCUUCAUCCUGCUUUACAUCCUUCCCCUCCUCAUCAUCUCUGUGGCCUACGCUCGUGUGGCCAAGAAGCUGUGGCUGUGCAACACGAUUGGCGAUGUGACCACGGAGCAGUACCUCGCGCUGCGGCGCAAGAAGAAGACUACGAUCAAGAUGCUGGUGCUGGUGGUGGUCCUUUUUGCCCUCUGCUGGUUCCCCCUCAACUGCUACGUCCUCCUCCUGUCCAGCAAGAUCAUCCGCACCAACAACGCCCUCUACUUCGCCUUCCACUGGUUUGCCAUGAGCAGCACCUGCUACAACCCUUUCAUUUACUGCUGGCUGAAUGAGAAUUUCAGAGUGGAGCUAAAGGCCUUACUGAGCAUGUGCCAAAGAUUACCCAAACCUCAGGAGGACAGGCCACCCUCCCCGCUGCCUGCCUUCCGGGUGGCCUGGACAGAGAAGAGCCAUGGCCGGAGGGCUCCACUGGCCCAAUCCCAGCUGCAGUCUGGGAAAACAGACCUGUCAUCGGUGGAACCCAUUGUUGCCAUGAGUUAGAGGGUGUUGCAAAGAGGGCCAGGGAGGAUCUGUCUCUGACUGAGGCUCUGCAGAGCUUGCUUUCUCACACCAUCUUCACAGUGCUGCAGUCAAGUUCCCACAGAACUGUAGAACUCUUAUGUGCCUCAGAAAUCACCCGGAACAGUAGAAGCUGUCAGCUGGAUGUGUGUUUAUCAAUUCCUUUCUGAAAGGCGUAGCACCCUGAAGCCCCAAGCCAGAGCACUGGGGGAAGCUGAGUGGGUUAGCCACCUGCUCACGUCAGCCAGCUGCUGUGCAAGCCGGCAUGCCCCAGCGCAUAUCCCUGAGUCCUGCUUCAGACGUGGCUGCCCCGGAUGCACAGGGCUCUCCUGGGUGCAGGUGCACCUGGCAGGGAGACACCAGCAGGGAGGCUUUGAUGUCUUACUCUGUGAACUCAUUGGACCAGGAUGAAUCACUUCGGUAGAGGCCUGACCCUAUGGGGACAAGAAAAGACAAGUUGGGGCUCCUUAGAGGAAAAAGAAAUGAUGAUUACCACUUUGAAAAAUUCAGAAAAGCACCCCAUUAUUGACCUGUUUGUCACAACUUCUGUUACAGAUUUAUUUGUAACUGUGUGUGUGUGUGUGUGUGUGUGCAC